UGAACAUCUCCUUGAUCUCAUCAGUCACUGCUUUUCUAUCACUGGAUCUAAGAAUGUCGAUUCUAUAAUACAUUGGGCUGCCCAAUCGUCGCUUCAUUUAUUGUGAAAUGUGCGACAUCUUCCACAGUGUUGACAUUCACACCCACAUCUAGAAUCAACGUCAUAUUAAUUCCCAUCAAACGAAGGCGCAGAACUAUGGCAAACGAGCUUCCCCUCCCAGAACUUCGGCUUAACGACUCGCCCGAUAUUGAUUUUCAUGAGCCGGUAGGAGAAGAUUGGGCGAACCCUGAGCUUCCUCCGUUGUCCGCCAUCAGUGCCCAAUCUGCUGCAGAACAAAUCGAAGACAGAUUCUGGAAACACGCAGUUAAUUGUGACCCCAGGCGUGUGGGACAGCAAGAGUUUUGGCCUCCAAAGCUCAUUGAUCACCUUCUCGACAAGGAUGCAGUAUACAAUGUCGUCAAGCAACUUGUUACGCAAGGAAUCCUUCCGGACGAGAUACGCGGAGGGCCUCGCAGUUCGUCCUCAGCCACUUCAUAUUGGACUGAACGUGUUAUGGGUACGACAGCGAGCCCUAGAACAACAUACCGCCGAGUUCUCAUCAUACUCAUUUUCAUCAAUAAGACAAGCUGCCUAAAGCGCUUUCUGGACAGGAAAAUUGACGAUCAAAAGCUUCACCAGACAGCUUUGCUUGACCCACUCCUCAAUGACUGGAAAAGAGGAGAGGUGUCAACCUUCUACCACUACCGACCCAAAGUCCUUGCCCCAUUUCUUGAAAAGUCUCGGCAGCCGGGCCAAGUUUCUCACCAUAGAUUUGACCUCGACAGUGUCCCGCCUUGGAAAAUCCUACGCUCAACUUCCCCGUUACAAACGUUAUCCGGAGGCUAUGGAGAAGUCCACAAGAUUGUUAUCCAUGCCUGGCAACACGGCUUUCACGCCGACCUACAGCAGAUCUCGGCGCCUCCGAGUCUUUUCGCUCUCAAGCGGCUUCACACAUCGGAUGAAAGGGUGUUUCGCGGAGAAGUUUCGGAGCUCGAACGCUUUGGGGGCCGUCAUCACCACAUUGUCACCCUUCUCUGCACUGUCAUUCAUCAGAAAUCCGACCGCACUGAUUAUUUCCUUUUGUUUCCCUGGGCAGAAUACGACUUGCUCACUUAUUGGGAGAAGGAAGAAACCCAGCAGAAAGACCACCAAUUCUUCAAGUGGGUAGCUGAGCAGCUGGCCGGCAUGGCAGAUGCGUUGAAGUUCAUCCAUGACCCAAACCUCUUCGCUGGAGAGAAGCGCCUCUAUGGAAGGCAUGGGGACAUCAAGCCGGAAAAUAUCCUCUGCUUCAAAGGAAACGGUCGGGGAACUCUUGUCCUUUCUGACCUUGGUUUGACAAAAACCCACGGUGACCAGAGUCGGUCCAACAGACCAGGAGAGCAAAUCCCAAUGACGCCCAACUACCGGCCACCCGAGUGCGACAUCGAUGGUAGAGAUGGAUAUGUGUCCCGCGACUUUGACAUCUGGACUCUAGGUUGCCUUUUUCUUGAAUUCAUGGUAUGGAUACUAGAUGGGUGGAAAGGAUACAAGGAUUUUCGCGAGCGGCGGUUCUCGCCUUACAUCAACGGCGCCCAGACAUGCGUCUACUUCGAGAUUGUUCGAGUACCCGAGGAGGAGGGGUAUGCAUUCAAAGUCAAAGAUGUUGUGACGAAGGAACUCGAGCGACUUCACGCACAUCCGACGUGCACCGAGUAUGUUCACGACAUGUUGAAGUUGAUUCACGAGAGAAUGAUACUUGUUCGAUCGGAUGGCGUUUACAGAAUACGGUCCAACGAGCUCAAGGAAAAGUUACGAGCCAUCAAGAAGAAAUGCGAAAACUCGGAUUACUGCGUUCGUCCAUGCCCAAGAAACACAAAGGUCAAGCCGCGUCCGCCUGUUCGAGCCGACCUUAACACGACGGCCAAGAGGUAUAUUGCCGAGGACCAACGCUAUCGCAACUUUGACCUGUACAGAGGCGAAACUUCAACAUUCAGGGGAUGAUCUGGUACGGGACGCAUCUAUUCCUCGUAUUUCGUCAAAGUUUCCUUCCUAUUCGACGGUUUCUGGAUUUUAGUUAACCGAGUCUUCGUCCCAGCCCUCAACGUUUUUCGCCAUAUCACGAAAGAUCGAACACCUCGUUUCAAGGAACUCCGAGAGAUGCAGUUUUGGUCACGGCACAUGUCAAUUCCCCUCUGCGUAAUGAUCCAUCUCGAUUGCCUCCAUGACUUUGCUGCGCUCAGUCUUUUCUCAGAUCAGUGUUCUGUCAUAUCUACUGGGGCCUUUCUAAAAGCCGCACCUGUGUCAAUUUCCUUGGGAUUGUACAAAAGAAGCGGCCGCGUUCGGACUACAAGAAUUUUUUCAGUACAUGGUCAACCCCU